AUGCAGGGAUCCUCCCUGCAUUUGUCUCGCUACUGUGGCGUGGACAGUGCGCCCGGAGAGGAGAGCGGAGGAGCUGUUUGCCCAGCCUUUGUGCUCAGCGGGCCUUACUGUUUGCCCUGCAGGGAGUGCCUCAGCUGGAGGGCCCUUUCGUGUCGGAGGGAGCUGGGGCUGGCAGGGUGGGUUUGCUCAGAAGGUGAACAUGAGAGGAGAGCCUCUCGCUCAGGCAUCUCACACUCCCCUGUCACACUGCCACAGCUUUCACUUCCUGCAGUCAAAGGUCACAGGGUCGGCGGCCCUGUUGAGGGUCAGGUGCUGCUGUGGGUGCUGGUCUCCCUGCUGCCCCUAGUGGAAGGAGCUCGAAUGGGAGCCGGCGGCGGUGUGGCCGGUGUGGGAGCGGAGUCGGGCCACACUGUGGGCCUGCUUGGAGGCCAGGAGGGGAGGCAGCUUCCUGUGACGCUGCCAGAGGUGGUGGAAGACGAAGAGCAGGAAGACGAGAGCGACCCUUACUCAACCUGGCAUGCUCUAUACGAUCCAUAUGUAGUAGACGAGGUGGAUGACCAUCCCAGUAGCCGCUGGGUGGGCCGCUCCCCACGCUCCUCCGACCCCUCUGAGCCUCAGCCCAAAGGCUCACCAAAGAAGAAAAAGAAGAGGAAGAAGAAAGAAAAAGAGGGUGAGAGAGAGAGAGGAGGUGGAGGUAAAGGUAAAAACGGCAGGCAGCCAAAACAAAGCAGCAGGGACUGCCGUGUGGAGAAGAGGGAGAUGAGGGUUCGGGACCUGGGGCUGGGCUUUGACUCGGACGAGAUCGUCCUCUUCAAGUUCUGCGUGGGCUCCUGCCAGUCCUCCAGGACCAACUACGACCUGGCGCUGAAGGCCCUGCUGGAGAACGGCUCUCUGCCCCGCCGCACGGCCCGAAAGGUCAGCAGCCACCCCUGCUGCCGGCCCGACCGCUACGAGCCGGUUUCCUUCAUGGACGCCCAGACCACGUGGAGGACCAUCCAGUCACUGUCUGCGGCUAGCUGCAUGUGUAUGGGCUGA